AUGGCCAAAUCUCACGCCCAGAUAAUCUUUGGCGGUGGUACACUUGGUACUACACCUGAGUGGUCCACUCCGGAGAAGGUGGAAGAGUUCCUUCAAGUCCUAGAACGGAACAACGUUAAGACUAUCGACACGGCACAGAUCUACGGCGCAAGCGAGGAACUGCUGGGACAAACCAAAGCCGCGAAGCGCUUCGUCAUUGACACCAAGUUCGGUGGUGGCUUUGUCCCCGGAAACGCUACCAAAGACAAUGUGAUCAAAAUCGGGAACGAGAGUCUGAAAAAGUUGGACGCGGAUAGUGUGAACGUGUACUAUAUUCACGCGCCGGAUCGCCAGACCCCGCUUGAGGAGACCCUCGCGGGCAUCAACGAGCUCCACAAGGCAGGGAAAUUCAGACACUUCGGCCUGUCAAAUUUCCGCCCGGACGAGGUGCAGGAAGUUGUCCGCAUCGCCAAGGAGAAGGGCUAUGUCCUCCCUUCCGUCUACCAGGGCAACUACAACGCUGUAGCCCGCCGCACCGAGACGGAGUUACUGCCCGUCCUGCGGGAAAACAACAUCCGCUUCUAUGCGUACAGCCCCAUUGCCGGUGGCUUCCUGACUAAGACGAAAGAGCAGCUCGUCGCUGGCGGCGAGGGACGCUGGGAUCCAAACAGCGUAUUUGGUCAGAUCUAUCAUAAGCUGUACAAUAAGCCUGCAAUGCUGGAGGCGCUGGAUGACUGGGCUGAGAUUGCGGCGUCGGAGGGAGUCACCAAGGCGGAGCUGGCCUAUCGGUGGAUCUUCUUCCAUUCGCAUAUUCGCGAGGAUCUAGGGGAUGCGGUCAUAGUCGGAGCGUCUAAGAUCAGUCAGUUUGAGGAGACGGUCGCGGCGAUUCAGAGGGGUCCUCUGAGCGCAAAUGCCGUGAAGCGGAUCGAUGCUAUCUGGGAGAAGAUCAAGGAUGUGGCUAUCUUCGACAACUUUAAUGCGUGA